AUGAUUGCUUUCUUCCUCCACCAUCGUCGUCAAUGGAAACGAGAAUCCUUUGAUCUCUCCUCUCAAUCGUCUCUCUCUCUGUCGCCAUCUCCGCCGUCGUCAAUGGAAACGAGAAGUCGAAGCCCACCGUGUCGUACUCUGAAAAAUCUGAGAAGUCUCUUUUCGUCUUUGAUCAAAAGUUGAUCGUCUCUCAUCUCUUUGUCUGGUACAUGGAUUCUUUGAUUGGGGUUUCUUCCUCAUGUUAGAGUUCCUCCUAGGUCGAGAUCAAAACCUUCCUAGGUGCUCUUCGCUUUCACUGCCCCCAAUCUCUUCCUUCUCCGCUUGUGUUCUGAAAUCAUCAUCGAUUGGGGCUGACAUAGAGGAUGUGGGAGAAGUAAUUCAACCAAUCACGAAUCAUCAUUCAUCCCGCGAUCAGGCAAUCUUCGUUUUUGGAGCAGAAGCCAGAUUCUACAGGACUUGCCUGAUACAGCACACGUUGAUAUCAUCAGGCUACCGAUGCUGGUCUCUGUGUCAAAGAGAGAAGCAGCAU